AUACUUUCUUUACACAUUACCUAAUUUGGAAAAGAAAAUUCCUCCAAUUAAUUGCCUCUUCUAUAGGAGGCAGCAAAAUUCAGAAAGCGACAUAAAAUUCCCCCACCUAUAUACGUAUACACAUACGGUGGAUUAAAUUCCUUCAAAAUAGAGAAACUUUUUCAGCUGAACCGUACCUGCAUUUGAUUUCGGUUUCAUAUAUUAAUAAGAAGAUGCAGACCAUGGCAAGUUCAGCCUCAUCCAGAGGCAUAGCCGCCAUUGUGGGCGUUGGGCCUAAACUUGGACGCUCCAUCGCUCGCAAGGUCGCCCACGAAGGCUAUACAGUUGCUAUACUCGCCCGUGACAUGGAUAGAUUAUCUAGAUUUGCUGAUGAGAUAGCGAGAGAAGAAAAGUCGCAGGUAUUUGCUAUCCGAAUAGAUUGCUCCGAUUUACGCAGCGUAAGAGAGGCAUUUGAGGGAGUUCUAUCACUGGGUUUUGUGGAAGUCUUGGUUUACAACGCAUAUCAGCCAGUAUCUUGGAAUUUCACAAAUUUUACCGACAUUAGAGUCGAACAAUUUGAAAAAUCUAUUGCCGUCUCCUCCGUCGGUGCCUUCCACUGCGCUCAACAGGUACUACCAGGAAUGGUGGAAAGAGGAAGAGGGACGAUUCUCUUCAGUGGUUGCUCAGCUUCUCUUAAUGGCAUUGCCGGCUUCUCUGAAUUAUGCUGUGGGAAAUUUGCAAUGAGAGGCUUAUCUGAAUGUCUGGCAAAAGAGUUCCAGCCACUUGGAAUACACGUGGCACAUGUCAUUAUCCACGGCAUCGUCGGCGCACCUCGGGGGGCAAUGUCAUCGACUUCACAGCAAAGAUUGUUGGUUGGGGAACAAAGCGAAGGAAAGGAUGGUUCCACGAUGGACCCGGACGCGCUGGCGCAGACCUACUGGUACUUGCACAUUCAAGAUAGAUCUGCUUGGACCCAUGAGAUUGAUCUUCAUCCCUCCAAUUAAAGAUAUUAUAUGUAGAAACAAGAAAUGAACAACUAGAAAUGGCCUGCUAAUAAGUUAAGACAUUUUCAAUUUAGUGUGGUAUUGUGUGAUUGAUUGGGAUUUUAUGUACAUUUGAUUUCGUUUGGAAUUGCAACUAGUGAAUUUGAAGGAAUAUUGUGAAUCGGUGAAUAACAUCUUCGCAUGAGUUUUUAGAUCUUCAAUGUUAGAUCCCAUGAAAUAAGUGGGAAGGAUAUGGUGUGGCAGUCAGCUUUUCAGGUACCCAAUUUUUGU